AUGGCUCAACCUCAACCCGCUUCGGCGGGUGACUCCUCCAUGUCCAAUGGGCCAUCGCCGCCGCCUCAACCAAAUUUGGAACCAGACCGGACUUAUGCCAGAGACCAGCCACCUAACUUGCGCGAAGCCUUCACCAGCUUCUACCCCAAUGGCCUACCCAAAUUCUACAAAAUGCUGCAGACACCUGGUCCUGAGGGCGUCGUUCAAACGUACGUCGAAGACUACCUCCCUGUGGGAUUCUACAGCAACCCUCCAGUCGGGGCCAAAGCCAUCUUCUCUACCUGUAAUGGAUCGAACCCUUUUCGUUACAUGGAGCAUUUACUGCCUCAGCGCCGCGUUCACCUUUGGUCCGGAGACGAAGUUCAAUCUGCUUGCAACUCACUCCGCAAGCUCUACUGGGAGGUCAUAAAAGAUAUGCCGCAUCCAGACUGCUGGGAUAGCUUGUGGGACUAUUUUGAUGCCCAGGACAUUUACAAUUACGGAGCUUUGAACCUUUGGAAUGUGGUUAGUCAACUGUUUGUCGAGAACCAGUCCAUCGCCCUCGACGUCCAUAAUGCCUUUUCCAUCGAAGUUGGCCAAUGGGUUGAUCACUGGUUGUAUGACGACGAAAACCGCGACAAACUCACCAAUAGCAAUGAAACUGGUCUUUCUAUCAAUGGUGUCAUCGGUUGGGAAGCUAUGAAAGGCCUUUCGGAUGAUGCCAUCCAUCUUAUUGCAAGUGCCCUUGCGCAUCGACGAUCUCUGUUACUGUCACCCGAGAAAUUGAGGCCAGGUACAACGAAACCUAAUCACUUCAAGGAGUUUUACGAAAAGGGGCACCUCGAAAACUGGUUAGCGGGCCAACGCGUCCUGGGACCUUCGGGUCUGUCUACAAGGCCAACGGAGUGGCAGCCUCACCAUUCCUCCCCGGCAUCAGAGAAAGUCGCUCACCCUAUCAUGGUGCUCGAUGGGAAACACUACUUUAGACGGCCUGAAUGCCGUGUGCCCAGUGCGGUAGAAGCGCUCCACCAAUCCGCAGCAGCAGCAGGGCCUUCCGUUCACGGCAACAGCGAGACAACCUUGAUCGAACAAAAGCAGGUUAACGACACUACCGCUCACAGUGGUCUUCGGGUAACAGCUCAGGCCAGAAGUAAAUCUACAGAGCCUUUCCCUUCAGUCCGAACACCAUCCCCCCACACUGAUGGUAAGGGACAUGAUGAGGAAGCCGCUUCCUCUUCCAACGGACACCACGAACAGGAGGAGCAGGAGGACUUCGAUGCAAUGACCCCCACAAAAGUCAAAAGGCAUGGCCGCAAAAAUCCCCGGACCACACGAGGAGCUCGAAAAUCCACAGUGACCACAUCAUUACCAGGCUCAGCAGUCAUGCGUAACUCAAGUCUUGCUAGUCCUACAAAAGAUGCUACUUCGAGUCGCUCAAAGGACCAUAUCACUGGAAACAUCAUCAGAGAUGCAGAGUUGCGGUUGAACACCAAUGACAGACCCAAGAACCAGCGACCAAACCGAGCUUUUGAUGAGCCAGUGGCUCACGGUCAGAAUGAAAUGAAGUAUCCUGGAACAAUGAGUACGUUCAAUCAGAUGCAAACACCUGAUGUAGGCUUUCAAAACAGCGCGAUGAGUAGUGAGCCCCCUGAAGGUACGAGACUUUCUGGGCAAUUCGCGAUGCACACCCCUCCUAUGGCCCCCUUUUACUCAGCAGGAACCUUUAGCCCUGCCCCUCAAGGAAACUAUUCUUUACUUCCCCAACAGAAUUUUCCCAUGCAGAAUGGAUUUGACCAUGGAUUUCCACCUGUUCAGCAGUCACAGCCGCCUCAGAGGGGUUCAUUGACUGGUCGUGGUAGAAAUACCAGCAACUCUUCUCGGAAUGAUCGUUUCGAUUCGAACGAUGGCAGAUGGCCCUAUCAAAACCAUGAGAAUAAGAACGGCGGGAAUGCUGGAUUGAGUCGCGGAGGUUUCCAUCGCGGAGGGGCUCGUAAAAACCGCCGCGGUGGCCACAACCAGCGAAACGCAACCGCGCCUGUUGCGCAACCUCAUACCGGCCCUGAUUUCAGCCAGAAGAGGCGCGAGGGGGCACCGUGGAAGGAUUCAUGGCGUCGGGAUCCAGUUACUUGUCAGAACGUUCAGGAUGGUUUGUCGAUCAAAGAUUAUGUACCUUGCUCUUGCUCGAUCUGCGAUUCUCGUGACCGCUCUGUAUACAUCAUUGUCCAAGGCUAUCAAGGAUUUACUGGGCCAGACAUACUCGCACGGCUCAAGUUUGGCCUGGCUGAGAGAUAUGGACAUGUAGAAGAGGUGUUCCCGAUCGCCUCGAAAGAACCAGGACGUUUUAUUGCCCGGUUUGUAAACUCCUCGUCAGUUGGUGAAGCACUGACUAUUGGCGGCGGUAACAUGCCUGAGCAAGGCAUAUCUGUUACAUUCUCCCCUGCGUUGCGAUCAAAAUGGACACUCUUGGAGCAAGCACCUACUCGACCACUCCCAGGUCGAGUUUCUGGUCAGAACUCCGCCGCUCCUCCAUUCUCUCCUUAUCCUUUCGGCCUAUCGAUGCCAGGCAAUGCGCCGAAUACUGUCGCAGUCCCUCACAUGAUGCCAGGCAUCGUUCAUCCGGCUGUAGUCAACCAUGGGCAAGCACAUAACAGUCAUUUCUGGCAACACAAUGGGGGGCAACGUUCUUUGUCUGGACUUGUACAACCUCCAGCCCCUGGUAUUCCAUCUACAACUGUGCAGUCCGGACCCGGCAUACAGGCACUCCUCCCUGGACAGCCGGCUCUUGAUCCAAGGCAAAUUGCCCCUCCUCCCAUCCAGCCGGCGCAGGAAACCGCAUCCUCUCGUGAGGUAUUGCAGACUAAGCCUCCAUCUGAAGAAGCUUUGGAUGAAGUCCAUCACCUUGAUCAAGAUGAUCCGGGUAGUCCGCGAAGUGACACAAGCAAGUAUACUGGGAUCAAAGCCCGUGUUUCCUUGCCCAGCACCCCUUCGAAAGCUUCACUUGCCUCCCAAGGAACCCCAACGAAACCAAAUGAGAAAGCAGAAGGACUUGCGGGUAUUGAAACGACAGCACAUCGCCUGAAUGAGAUGCCCAUUAAGGCGCUUGAAAGCCAGGAAGAAACAAAGGUGACAUCUGGUCAUCAAGCUGAACUACUGUCUGAACCAACUGGUAGCAAGAGCAGUCACAGUGGUGUGCCAAGCUUCUUUUCUGAGAAUGAGAAAAAAGAGAGAGAACGAGCAUGGGCUAAAAUUCCUAUGCCUCUGACUCUCCGUGGGCCUCGCUCAGUUACUCCAAUGAACUUGGCCAGCAUCGCCACCGAGUGUGGCAGCAACCCUGAAGUUGGAAAGAGUGACAAUCGCGAACGGAAUGCUACGCAGAUGGAGUUGCCAAUCUCAGGGCAGAAUGCAACCUCUGCUCCAGGCACCAGCGAUGUUUACGAGCCAUCUAUGUCCGAGAACCCCGAGUCGAGGUUUCCGUUGCCGCAGGCGCCAAAAGGCUCUUCUACUGCCCAUCUCACCAGGACAACAAGAGAAGUUGCUACUGAGCUGCAGGGAACUACUAUAGGUGAAGCACAGCCAUCUGAGAUGCCUGCAACCUCUCCCGUGACCGAAAAUUUCAUGUCCAAGGUUGAACAAUCGUUUGAGCAAGAACAUACUUCAGACACGCUCCCAAGAGGCAAAGGAAAGAAUGCCAAGAAGGCCAAGAAAAAGAAAGCGAAGAACAUGGCACCCACGAGCAACGAGUCCAAUCACGCCUUUCAACAAAAUGAGCCGCCGUCUUCUCCUCGAUCCAGCUCCAUGGCACCUCAGCACAUGCAUGUUAGCAGUGGAGGGCUGGGGUCUAAUACACACCAUGGAGGCCAUAUCGGAAGUCAGGAACCGGGUUCAUCCUCGCCUAUCAAGCGACACCACGAUGAACCUGAGCAGCCUUCUGUAUCUGGAUCUGCUAAGCGAAGCAAGAAGCAUGGGAAUAAGCACGAAAUGGCUCAACACCAGCACCAGCCUCAGCCUCAACCCCAACCUCCAUUUGACGAAUCAGAUUCCCCUGAUGAGGACGAACGCGGUCGUCGGGGAUUCAGAAUGGGUAGAGGAGGUUCACUUCGCUUUGGCAAGCAACGUCGACCUCGUCCUAUGAUUCCUAGCUCAAUGCUCGCAGGAGAACGAUUCGAUGCUCAAGCGCCACCUCCUUCGACCAAUUUUGCUUUCCAAUGCCAGAGCCUCCCCGAAUCUGAUGACCCGCCGAACUUGCGCGAUCAUGGAAAUGGCGCAAGGAGCCGCCUCAAUCCCGAGGCCCGAGAGUUUGUAUCUCCAUCGAGAACAGCGUCUCUCAGUAAAGGAUCAGUUGCCAAUCUGAGCGGUCGUGAAGCACCAAGCAGUGGCACAGUGAAUGAAUCGGCUGUCAAACAUGUACAAACAGAUGAACUAAUCCGAGAGGUCCCCAAGGCCGGGGACGAUGAUGCAUGCGAGACAACUCUUCAGGAUGAGAAAGGCCCAUCCGCCGUCACUAGCCAGACCCCUAAACGUCGUCGAGGUAUCUCAGAAGCGGUCCAAAAAGGAACCCCUAGAAAGGAAAAGGGGCCUGCUCAUCAAGGAGAGGGAAAGAAGACUCCGGCAAAAGGUUCGAAACGAGGCAAAGGCAAGGAGAGGGCAGUGACGGUGAGUGCCAAGGCUGACAACGCCGAGGCAAAGGUCGAGAAAGUUCAAGAGAUGCCUCAAACCCCAGAGAAUCAAGGAGGAAAAGUCAAGAAGCCUGGCCUGAUCGACGAUGACUGGCCCUCACUUCCAGCUUCUCGGGAACGGGCACAAUCCAAGUCACAGACACCCUUGAUUUGGGGUGGAAAGACAAAAUCUACCCAAGAUGACGGUGGGCUCGGACAAGGAUCUCCUGUCACCAAGAACUAG